AUGUCCACUCCUUCUUCUUCUUCUACACAACCUUUCGGUCCCUUGGCGGAGUACAUGCGCCCACCUCAACAUUUAGGUAUGCAGCAACUGGAUAGAACAGCUUUCGAUAGAAGUGUACCUAUCAUAUCGAUCGAAGUUGAGGCGUCCAAAGUGGGGAAAUUAAGGACUCAUCCUGCAUUGCAAGGACAAGUACUAGAUCUACCGAAAGUCAAAUCCAUUAUCGAUCCUAGGGAAAGCGGACGAGGUGUAAAAUGGAUCCGACUGAAUGCUUCUGCAGAAGAGGACCUAUCAGACGCUACGAAAGAGCUGGUCAGAGCCGAAUCAAAUGGAUUGAGGACUGAGAUCAUAAACUUGGGAUACGAUAACUGGAACACUUCCGAAAUCCUAAGUGCUGUUUUACCGACCACUAAAUCAGAUGAUAUACCUUCAUCGUUCACUUCAACAGGUCAUAUAGCACAUAUGAAUUUGAGAGAAGAAUGGUUACCUUACAAAUUCCUCAUAGGUCAAGUCAUACUGGAUAAAAAUCCAGGUCUGAGAACAGUGGUAAAUAAGUUAGAUACAAUUCAUGCUCAAUAUAGAUAUUUCGAUAUGGAAGUUAUUGCUGGGGAGAAAGAUUAUAUAACUACUUUGAACGAAUCAAAUUGUACAUUCACAUUUGAUUUCUCACUUGUUUAUUGGAAUUCAAGACUUCAUCAUGAACAUGAAAGACUGAUAGAUCUUUUCAAGCCUAAUUCAUUAGUAGCGGAUGUCAUGGCUGGAGUAGGACCAUUCGUUGUUCCAGCUGCGAAGAGAAGUUGUUACGUUCUAGGGAAUGAUUUGAAUCCUGAAGGGGUCAAGUGGAUGAGAGAGAAUAGGGUGAAAAAUCAUGUGGAAAAUAAUCUACGUAUAUUCGAACAAGAUGGAGCUGCAUUCAUCCAAUCAUCAGCAUUAGAAGUCUGGAAUAGUCCAUUCACAGCUAGUGAACCGGUGGUCUCGAUGAGGAAAAAGCAAAGAGAGGAACGAAAGAAGAGAGAGGCAGCGGCAGCAGCGGUACCUUCAAGAGCAUCAUCGCAAGCUCAACCAAUACAAACAACGAUCAUGGAAGGUAUAUCAUCAAUCACGGAAGCGAUAGGAUUGACUAAAGUGACAACAUCACCUAAAAAAGAUCAAGUCAAAUUAUCAUCGCCAUCAUUACCUGAACCCCCUAAGAUCAUACAACAUUAUAUCAUGAACCUUCCUGAUUCAGCAUUAACUUUCUUAUACGCUUAUUCAGGGUGUUUCACACCUCUCCUUACUCAAGCUUCGUUCAUAGAGAAACAUGGACAGAAUGGAGAAGGAGCUGACAUGCCAAUGGUCCACGUAUACUGCUUUACUCGAGAAGUAGAAAGAGAAAAAGCUGAACCUGAUAUUUUAGAGAGAGCAAGUAGAUACCUCUCAUAUCCACUUACCUCAACUUCAAAAGAUUAUUUACUUCAUCACGUAAGAUCUGUCGCACCAAAUAAGGACAUGUAUUGUCUGUCAUUCAGAUUACCGAGAGAAGUCGCUUUCAGACCGCUGUCGUCAGAAAAAGAGAACCCAAAGUAG